AUGGCUCGAUUUACUUUAGCUUGUGAAACCUUUGCCUUUGUGCUUCUUACUUCACUACUGACAAAUAAUCUUGCUGCGCAUAGACAGGAGAGAGACCGAGGAAAUAGUAAUUACCCACCACUUUGGGACGAUGUCCCUGAUUCACUGGCUGGUUUCGUCAGCAUCCGUAACAAAACUGUGGUCAAUCCUUGGAAUUACCUCGAACGAAUGGGGAUGUAUAAAAUACUACUGAGUGUCACCGCUAAGUACAUGAGUAAUUUUGGACCCAGCAACACUGGAAAUGUGUUAUGGGGGCUGCCUCUGCAACAUGGCUGGCAGUUCAUUACAGGUAGGUUAGCAGACCCAUCCAACGUCUCAUCCUGCGGCCAAAAGUUUGGUGACUCACUGUGCAUCUCUACAAGAAGUUGGUGGUCUUGUAUGAAUUACUAUCUGGCUACAAUACCCUUUCUGGGAGCAGUUGAAGCAGGCUUCUUUGAGGACUGGCCAUUUGAAAUAAAAAUAUUGCCACCUGAAGAAUAUAUGGAUAAGUUUUGCUACACCGCAGCUGGCUGCCACGCACAGAACCCUGAAAUGAUGUCUAAAUGGACAACGUUAUUUCAGCUACUGAAAAAAUCAAAGGAGUUUUCCCAGAUCAAGCUGUUACCAGAAGAAGAUGAUAUUUGGCAACACCUGUGGAUAGCUCAUGUAGCAUCGAUCGAAGCUGCACUUCCAAAAUUUUCUGACAGAUUGGCGGACAUUUCAGCUCCCGAAGCAGAGUUUGGUGUCAGCUGGGCCAAUGCGGUAGAGUUUAUUGCUGCGACUCAUUUUCCCACAAACUUCAAUCAAACCAACACCUUCCAGGCAUUUCUGCCUCCACGGAUGCUGUCAGCUGGAGAUAAGGCACCGUCUAUUCCUGACCUGAGUAAAGAGCAGAACAGAGCCUUGGUUGCUCUUGACAUUCUAAACAAAGGAAACAAACUGACAGGUGGGUGGUGUGACUGGUUAUUGAGAGUAUGGAGGAGGGCCAUGUGCUCAGAAGAUGGGAGAGCACAGGGUCAGAACCUGUUGGAAAAUAUUGUUGUAGAUCCUGACCGCAUUUCCACUGGGAUACGCAGUCUUCUUCUGGAAUACAUUAAGAAUCGUAACUGUAUUAUAAUUAAUAGCUAA